AGAAGCGUGAUACCGGCAACAUCAUCAACAUGAGGGGAAUGCGAGGACGGGGAGGGCCACACCCAAUGAGAGGAGGAAUGAUGAGACCUAUGGCACCGCCUUUCAAGCCUGGGCCUCCGUUCCGAGCAUUUAUUCCACAUAUACCAUUUGACUUAGUGCAGUGCGAGUCAACAUUUCCCAGAGCCAAACCCACACCUGAUGACAAGAGCUUCACUGAUGCCUUGUUGAAACGUCAUAAUGACCUGACUCCGUCCUCUACAGAACAAGCAGCUAUCCUGGCACUAGUUACCAAAAUACAAGCAAUCAUAGAUACUCUCAUCCUCUCACCAAACUCAUUUGAACCUGCGCAAAUUGAAGAAGUUCGUCAAGUUGGUUCAUUUAAGAAGGGAACAAUGAUGGCAGGUCACAAUGUAGCAGAUAUUGUUGUUAUGUUGAAGACUCUACCUACAAAGGAGGCAGUUAUGGCCCUUGGUAAUAAGAUUACAGAAGAAUUAAGGAGUCAAGAUCCACAAGAAGUUUUCAGUAUGCUAACAAAUGACACUGGAUUUGAGAUAAGUUCUGCCGAUGCCUCUGUGAAAUGUCUCAUCACAACGAUACCGCCAAACCUUAAGAAGCUAGACCCAGAACUUCAUUUGGAUGGAAAAGUAAUGCAGGGUCAUCUAGCAUCCAUUAGACAUGCCCGCUGGUUCGAGGAAAAUGCUUUCCAUUCAAGUAUCAAAGUUUUAAUUCGUAUCAUGAGGGAUCUAAAGAAUCGCUUUAAGGGAUUUGAGCCGUUAACUCCAUGGAUAAUUGACUUAUUGUCUCAUUAUGCCAUUAUGAAUAAUCCGUCUCGUCAGCCCGUUGCCAUCCCAACAGCAUUUAAACGUUGCCUACAAUUGUUAGCAGCUGGGUUUUUUCUGCCUGGCUCAGUAGGAAUCACAGAUCCAUGUGAACAAGGCACGGUUAGGGUCCACACAGUGAUGACUUUGGAACAACAGGACCAGGUAUGCUUCACAUCACAGACUCUCCUCCGAGUACUAACACAUGGGGGCUACAAACAGGUGCUAGGUCUCGAGGGCAACUCCAGUAUAGCAACAGACAUGAGUGUAUGGGAAGGUGUUGUGGUGACCCCGUCAGACAAAGCGUAUGAGAAACCAGAGAAAAAGGAGGGAGAGGAGGACGAAGAUGGAGAUGAAGAUGACACUAUGGAAACUGCUGAUGCUUAGGAGGACUGAAAUCUCAUUGUCAAUCAAGCCAAAAGGAUCUUGUUGUUAACCUCGGUGAGAAACUCUAGACAUGGAUGAAAGAAUCUUAAACCACAGACUGCAUUAUUCAUUUCAAGAAAACAUGAAAUAGUCUUAUAUUAGAGAAUGGUGCUGAAGACUGUUACAUGUGCUGAGGAUAUUUUGUCGUCUUUGAGUAUUAAAGAAUACUCUUGAUAUCUGAGAAACUUUAGUAUAUGUUAGGGCUAUUCCAGUAAAACAUCGAUCUGAUCCAGACUCCAGGGUUAUAUGUUAGGGCUAUUCCAGUAAAACAUCUAUCUGACUUCAGAGUCAUAUGUUAGGGCUAUUCCAGUAAAACAUCGAUCUGAUCCAGACUCCAGGGUUAUAUGUUAGGGCUAUUCCAGUAAAACAUCUAUCUGACUCCAGAGUCAUAUGUUAGGGCUAUUCCAGUAAAACAUCUAUCUGACUCCAGAGUCAUAUGUUAGGGCUAUUCCAGUAAAACAUCUAUCUGACUCCAGAGUCAUAUUUUAGGGCUAUUCCAGUAAAAUAUCUAUCUGACUCCAGAGUCAUAUGUUAGGGCUAUUCCAGUAAAACAUCUAUCUGACUCCAGAGUCCAGGGUCAUAUGUUAGGGCUAUUCCAGUAAAACAUCUAUCUGACUCCAGACUCCAGGGUCAUAUGUUAGGGCUAUUCCAGUAAAACAUGUAUCUGACUCCAGACUCCAGAGUCAUAUGUUAGGGCUAUUCCAGUAAAACAUCUAUCUGACUCCAGAGUCAUAUUUUAGGGCUAUUCCAGUAAAAUAUCUAUCUGACUCCAGAGUCAUAUGUUAGGGCUAUUCCAGUAAAACAUCUAUCUGACUCCAGAGUCCAGGGUCAUAUGUUAGGGCUAUUCCAGUAAAACAUCUAUCUGACUCCAGACUCCAGGGUCAUAUGUUAGGGCUAUUCCAGUAAAACAUGUAUCUGACUCCAGACUCCAGAGUCAUAUGUUAGGGCUAUUCCAGUAAAACAUCUAUCUGACUCCAGAGUCAUAUGUUAGGGCUAUUCCAGUAAAAUAUCUAUCUGACUCCAGAGUCAUAUGUUAGGGCUAUUCCAGUAAAACAUCUAUCUGACUCCAGAGUCCAGGGUCAUAUGUUAGGGCUAUUCCAGUAAAACAUCUAUCUGACUCCAGACUCCAGGGUCAUAUGUUAGGGCUAUUCCAGUAAAACAUCUAUCUGACUCCAGACUCCAGAGUCAUAUGUUAGGGCUAUUCCAGUAAAACAUCUAUCUGACUCCAGACUCCAGGGUCAUAUGUUAGGGCUAUUCCAGUAAAACAUCUAUCUGACUCCAGAGUCAUAUGUUAGGGCUAUUCAAGUAAAACAUCUGAUUCCAGACUCCAGAGUCAUAUGUUAGGGUUAUUCCUGUAAAACAUCUAUCUGAUUCAGACUCCAGGGUCAUAU